AUGCUUUCAGCAAUACUCUACCUGAUUGGCUGGUCAUACCUGCCGCAUCUCGCAACCAGCAAGUUGUUGCCCAUUUUCCAUCGAUUCUACCCUGCCCUUUCCGGUCGCCCUGCACCUCCUCCCAAUUCCCCGCUGUAUUUCCGCCAUUAUCGCUAUGUAUACGCCAUUACAGUCAUCAGCUACCUCUUCUACACCUUCCACCAAGCCGCAUCGUCUCUGCCUCCGAAUUACUAUGAAAUGCUUGCCGUGGACCCCGGCGCGGACGAGAAUGCUUUGAAGUUGGCCUUCCGACAGUUUGCACGGAGGUAUCAUCCAGAUCGUGUGGGUCCUCAAGGCGAAGCGCUGUUUAUCAACGUGCGUGACGCAUUCGAGGCGCUGAAGAACCCCACGACACGAUUUGCAUAUGAUAGGUUCGGUCCGGAUGUUCUGCAAUGGUCUCAUUGUACAACGCUGCGCGAGUAUGUUCGACAAGGGCUCAUGCAAUCGGCGGGAUUCUACAUCGUUUCUGCCUGCAGCUUGUUGCUCUACUCGUCCAUAGGCAAACCGAGUGAUGUCGCAUUCUGGCGCUACCUACUGUUUGCUGGAAUGCUCGCCUAUGAACUGAAGUGCAUACUGGGCCCAUCGUUGUCGCCUCCGGACUCACUCUCAUCUGUCUUCCUGUCUGAGCCUGGCUCAACGUCCCGUGUAGGCUUCCUCGCCGUCCUUUGGCCUCGUCGCGUCGCAUGGCAGCAUGUCCGCUUCCUGCACUCACUAUUCAUCUUCUCGUCGGCUGCGUUGUCUCAGGUGGCUCCCGUGCUAUUCCCUUCUUCGCGAGAAGAUAUCGACUCUGCGCAAUUCCAAGCGCUGCUCCAGCGAAUAUAUUUCUUGGCUUCGAUGAUCAACCGCGAUGCUACUCAGCAAAUCCAUACCGAGCUCCACUCCGUACACGGCCCACAAACGCACACCACACCCUCGAACGCCACAUUCGCCGUCCCAACGCCCUGCGACCGCCCCGCAGACGAAAUCAUGGACAUGCUCGCCAGCGAGAUGGAGCAUAUGGUCAUCGAAGGCCAGCUCGCGGAUGGUGGGCCGCUCAAGAGCGCCGUCGACAAUGCCGUUGAGCGCAGGCGGAAG